UUGACCAAUCGGGACGGUUUAUGUCGUGAUAGCGUCGCGCCGCCAUUGGCUGUCGGUGAUGUGAUGUCUAUUUCUGUGUUAAGUGAGAAUGCGCGCGCUGAGGAUCUGUGCGCGUGUGUAAGCAUGCAGGGCGCGGCUAUGUGUGCGUGUGUUGUUGAGGCGCGCUCUCUCUGUUUACCGCGCGGUACAGUGGCCGGCGAGCGCCCCGCACUCACGUGUGUCGCGAAUCGACUUCCCCGGUGGUUGCCGACUUACAUCAACAUUUCAUGGUGUUUUCCAACAGUUCAUUGGUGCUAA